UCAUCGCAAAAUAAACAGCUGUAACAAUAUUCUUGUAUCGUUGAACAAACAAAAGACGUCUUAGAGAAUAAGAGCAAUACAAAAAUUGAUCAGUUGGUUCUUUGAAAUUUCCAUUAAAUUAUCGAGAUGAUGCUUCACACAAGUUUCCUCUGGUUGUUCGUGGCUAGUGUUUCAAGCACGAAAAUCGUACCAGCAUAUCCACCAAGUGGUGGUGUUGGUGGUGGCGGUGGUGAUGGUCUCCGAUAUGAAUUACCACCGUUCGGAAGUGAAACAACUUGUUAUGCUGAGCCUUGCUUUACGUUUCCCAGUGAACCUAUUUGUACGCUACCGAAAAACUUAUGUGGUGGAGCAUACACUUUUGAAAAUUCGUGCUACUUAAGUUUCUAUAACUGCGAGCAUCCAUCGAACGAAUACUAUGAAUACCGGGCUGGUGAAUGCUACCCACAGAACGUGGUGUGACCAGAAUAAAUGAAAUGGAUUUAAUGAACAAGUUUUUAUCUUAAAUUUCGAUGGAUUUUCGACUACAGCACUCAAUUAUUGAAUUCAAUGGAUGACACUUAACAAUUUAUAUGUCUUGCAAUAAAAAGCGCAACGUAAAGUCAUUUUGUGAAAAGAAUAAAUCGAAACCUUUCCAUUAAUAUAA